AUGGCUAUCAUCGUUCCUAACGUCAACCCCACGACCAUUGAGGACUGGGCAUGCUCGGCCGAACUCACUAAUUCAUUCCUACUCGACGAGGAUCAUGCAUUGCGGGCCGCCCUCAAGAAUGCCGAAGAUAAGGGAUUGCCACAUGAGAUAGCGGUACCUGCUGAGCAUGGAAAGCUUCUUCAGCUCCUUGCCACGUCAAUACGGGCCAAGAGAAUACUAGAAAUUGGUACUCUCGGCGGUUAUUCAGCCAUAUGGCUAGCUCGCGCAUUACCUGAGGAUGGUGAACUCGUUACCCUGGAGCUAAACGAGAGAUACGCACAGGUGGCUCGCGAGAACAUAGCGAUUGCCGGGUUGGCAUCCAAAGUCAAAGUGGUUGUGGGUCCCGCAAGAACCACGCUUGCCAAGAUGAAACCCGAGCAUCCUUUUGAUUUUAUUUUCAUUGAUGCGGACAAGGCGUCAAACACUGAUUACUUCAAGCACGCAAAGCGAUUGGUACGGAGAGGCGGUACUAUCAUUGUUGACAAUAUGAUGCUAGUUGGUCUAGUAGCCAAUCCGACAUAUACGGACGAUAACGUUGAGGGUGUGAGGGCUCUAUUGAAAGAGCUCAAAAAUGACCCCGACGUAGACUGUACGGCUGUUGGGACUGCAUGCUAUAAGGGAUUUGACGGAUUCCUCUAUGCUGUCAGAAAGUAG